UGACCGCUGACGUGACGCUACCACCAGUUGCCAAGUAAUCUCGAGUAACUGUUAAAAAUGAUGAAAUAUCACGAAACACCCAGUGCUGAUUUGGGGCUACGGUAUAGCGUUUUAUAAGUAAGCUCGUCCGAGAGCGUUAAAUCCCUUUGAAGCAGACUCAAGCUGGCAACAGAGUUAAAAGUAACUAAAAUUAGCAUUAGCAUCAGCCAGAGCGCCACAGAACAAGGAAGACGACUAAACUGACAGCUGUUUUCAGUAUGCGGAACCGACAGAGGGGAUCCCACCUGGGAUUGUUGCUCCUGGCCUCCCAGAUUUUUCAGGUCGGUCUGGACAACAUCCCACCUGUCACCCUGGCUGUUCUGGCUCUCAACGUGUACCUUUACCUGUUCCCUGCAGCUCCACUGAUGCAGGCCUGUGUGAGUGUUCAGCAGGCAUACUGGCUUAAAGACUGGUGUCGUCUUGUGCUAUCCCCACUGCACCAUGUGGAUGAUUGGCAUCUCUACUUCAACAUGGUGUCUUUCGUCUGGAAAGGUAUCAGGCUGGAGCGACGGCUGGGUGGAGCCUGGUUUCUCUACCUGCUGUCAGUCUUCUCUCUGCUCACUGGAUUAGUCUAUCUGGUGUUGGAGGCAGCACUAACAGAGCUGACUCAGGACCCAUCCUACAGCAUGUCCUGUGCUGUUGGCUUCUCAGGUGUCCUGUUUGCUCUUAAGGUGCUCUGUAACCAUUACCACCCUGGAGGUGUGACCAAUGUGAUGGGUAUGCCUGUGUCAAAUCACUAUGCUAGCUGGGUGGAGCUAGUGCUGAUCCACAUAACAUCACCCGGGACCUCUUUUGUUGGUCACCUGGCGGGUAUCUUGGUGGGUCUGCUUUACACUUCUGGACCACUGAAGACCAUCAUGAAGAAAUGUGCAGAGUUUGUGACAUUGAAUGGAUAUAACUCCCAGCCUGGUGCAUACUACAACUCUUCAGGCUCCUCAGGUUACAGUGGCACUGGUGGAGGACACUCAGGAUACCAUCAGUAUGCACGAGAUUACACAGCAAAUCCCACAGCAUCGUAUACAGGUGGACUGACGGAGGAGGAGCAGUUAGAGACGGCCAUCAGAAACAGUCUGAAUGACAGAGGACAAAGCAGCCAGAGAGAAGCUCCUUCUCCUUAUGGAUUCAACCUCUCGGAGGAGGCGACAGCUGAGGAAAUCAGAUGGAGGAGACUAAGGAGGUUUGACAGCUGAGCUGCCAAGGAGUGGUGGGAAGAAUGUUUAGGUGACGAGACAGCAGAGGAAUUCCCUCCUGAGACCUUGUCCAAACUCUGCUUCCGCAGGCUGAGCAGGAGCACCCCGAAUGAGAAGGUCUAACCACACACUCAGAAACACUUAAGAGCUCCUUUACUGUGUGGUCCUUUGUAUUAAAAUGCCGCUAAGUGCCGAAUAUUUGAUGUUCGCUGUAGAAAGCUGCUCGAAUGCCACAUAUCCACUGUUCAUAUGCUAGUGAGCAGGUUAUGUUUGGAUGUGUGAUAACGCUGACAAGUUUUCUGAUUUGCAGAUUCUAUUUUGGGAAUUAAGGGGGGAAGUUAAGGGAUGUUUUAGAAACAUUAUUCCAUUUGUGAAACCAGAAAAAGGAUAAUAUCAUUACUUUUCAUCCAUUUAGACCAUAUACAAUCUAGUUUAGCUCAAAAAUCACAAUACUUUACCUUGUCAAACAUGGACCAUAGUUGUCCAUGUCAGAAAGAAAAAGCUGUGAAACUGGCUUUUUUUCUCUUGACAUAAAUAGAAUAAAAUGUUUUCAGACUUGGUGGUGAGUUUUAAACUGACAGCUAAUGAAACAGAAGCAAACCUAGAAUUGAGACAGGAUUUCAUAGCUCUUGUUUUUUUUCUGCUAUUGCUAAAAUACAGAAGGCAGUAUUGAGAAAACAUAGGGCUUCUGGCAGAAGUUAAUCUGGUAUUUAAAUUCAAAUAAAAUUAAGUGUUUUUUACCCCAUGAAAUGUUAAAUGAGAACUGCUCAGUAUUUUCACAAUAGGUUUGACUGAUAUAUACAAGCAAAACCCACAUAAUGCUUUUUGUACAUCAGAAAGUACAAAUCUGGUUUCAUGAAGGCACAGUAGGUUCAUGUAAAGCAAUAUCUGUAAUAAAUGUCCUUUUGAGCACAAA